AUGACGACCAUGGAUCUGCGUGUUGGUAACAAAUACCGCAUUGGCCGCAAGAUUGGCAGUGGUAGUUUCGGUGAUAUCUAUCUCGGAACAAACAUCAUCUCUGGUGAGGAGAUCGCUAUCAAGCUUGAAAGUGUCAAGGCCAAGCACCCCCAGCUGGAAUAUGAGGCCCGUGUGUACAAGUCUCUGGCCGGUGGUGUCGGUAUUCCUUUUGUCCGUUGGUUCGGUACCGAAUGCGACUACAAUGCGAUGGUGAUCGAUCUCCUGGGCCCCAGUCUUGAGGACCUGUUCAACUUCUGCAACCGAAAGUUCUCUCUCAAGACCGUUCUUCUCCUCGCCGAUCAACUCAUCUCCCGUAUCGAGUACAUCCACGCCAAGUCCUUCAUUCACCGUGACAUCAAGCCAGACAACUUCCUUAUGGGUAUCGGCAAGCGCGGCAACCAGGUCAAUGUUAUCGAUUUUGGUCUCGCCAAGAAGUACCGCGACCCCAAGACUCACUUCCACAUCCCCUAUCGUGAGAACAAGAACCUCACCGGUACUGCCCGUUAUGCCAGUAUCAACACUCACCUUGGCGUUGAGCAGUCUCGCCGUGACGACAUGGAGUCUCUGGGCUAUGUCAUGCUCUACUUCUGCCGUGGAUCUCUUCCCUGGCAGGGUCUGAAGGCUGCCACCAAGAAGCAGAAGUAUGACCGUAUCAUGGAAAAGAAGAUGACCACCCCUACCGAAGUUCUCUGCCGUGGAUUCCCUAAUGAGUUUGCUAUUUACCUUAACUACACCCGCUCGCUUCGCUUCGACGACAAGCCCGACUACUCGUAUCUCCGCAAGAUCUUCCGUGAUCUCUUCGUCCGUGAGUCCUUCCAGUACGAUUACGUCUUCGACUGGACCGUCUACAAGUACCAGAAGAACGCCGCUAUGAUCGUGGAUGCCACCAAGAAGGAUAAGGACGACGAGCAGCAGCGCCGUCAGGCUGCUGCUACUGCCGCCAUGGGCCCCGGAGGCGCUGCUAAGCCUGGUGCCAUCUCGGGCCAGCGCCGUAAGGUUAUUGACCGCGGCACCCUCGACAAUACACCGGACACCAACCGUGCCGUGGGAGGGAGUGACAGGAUUCUUCGGCGUUAG